AUGUGGGCCUUCUACUACGUCCGUGCUCAACCCUGGUACACCCCACCCGUCAUCGAUCCCGAUGCCGAACUCAACUCCUCCAACCCCGAAAACUCGGCCGUCUUCCUCGUCUCCUCCUUUCAAUACACCAUCGGGUGUCUCGUAUACACCACCGGAUAUCCUUAUCGAAAGAACCCGAUCACGAACGUUUGGCUCAUGGCUAGCGUAACCCUCCUCCUCGGGUUCAGCCUGUACGCCUUGUUCACACCAGAAGGUUUCGUCGCAGAUAUCUUGGGCUUGGUCAAGUUCCCCAGAAGCUUCCACGUGGCGCUCUUCGUGGCGGUGGUGAUCAACACGCUGUUGAGCUUCGCCUUCGAAAGCUUCCUCGCAAAGUACGUCGUAAAGUCGGUCAAAGGGUUGCAGCGCGUGAUGAGGAGAUCAAGACGUGGAAAGGGCAGAAAGCAUGGCAACAAGACCUACAAGGCGGUAGAACGAAGCAUGCAGCACGAUGGAGACGCUUGA